AUGGCCCACUUUGCAGGACCCACCCCGAUUGGAGUACCGCCCAAGAUCAUGGAUCCCAACACGGUAGACCCGACCAAGCUCUUCGGCGUCAAGGGCAUGGUCGUCGUUAUCACCGGCGGUGGCACAGGAAUUGGCCUAAUGAUGACCAAAGCCUUUGCCAACAACGGCGCAGCAAAGGCCUACAUAGUCGGUCGCCGCAAAGAGAAACUUGAGGAAGCUGCCCGAGAGGCCUCACCACACGGCAAUGUUAUUCCCAUCGUCGGCGAUGCCACCUCGAAAGACUCCCUCCGCCGAGUCGCUGAACAGACCAAGAACGAAACCGGCUACGUGAACCUCGUCUGUGCGAAUAGUGGAUGGUACUCUCCGCCCAUUAGCGCGGAGCCGAACGAGGCGACGUUGGAGGAGUAUGCUGAUGCUUGCAUGGAGCAGAAUAUGGAGGAUUGGAACACCGGCUUCGCCACCAACACCACAGCCGUCGCCUUCACAACCUUCGCCUUCCUCAAACUCCUCGACGCCGGCAACAAAGCCCAAAACUUCGCCGGCAUAAAAUCCCAAGUCCUCGUCACAACCUCCAUAGCAGGCUACCUCCGCAACCCCCUGGGCUUCUCGGCUUACCCCAUGACCAAAGCCGCCACGACGCACUUGGUUAAGAGCCUCUCUGGAGCCCUGGUACCAUACUCCAUCCGCGUGAACGGCAUCGCACCAGGUCUCUUCCCUGGCGACUUGAGUGCGGGGAUCACGAGGAGUAAGGGUGAUCCGUGUGUUGAGGGGGCUUUUGAGAAGGGGUUCAUUCCGGCGGAGCGGUUGGGGGCGACGAGUGAUAUGGCGGGGACGGUGUUGUAUAUGGCGAGUCCGGCGGGGGCGUAUUUGAAUGGGUGUGUUAAUGUCGUGGAUGGAGGGAGGAUCGGGCAGAUUGCUGGGACGUAUUGA